CAAAAAAACACAAAUUUUGUGUCCAAAAAAUUACUAAUAAGUUUUGAUACUUCUGUUAUUAGCAGAGAAAUGGAGCAGAAACAAGGCAAAAUCAACAAUAAUUUGGAAGAUGGAGUUGUUAUAAUUCAUAGCCAAGUUCGAAAAAUAAGACAAGAAAUGGAGAAAAUUAAGUAUCCAGCUUUAACGCAACCGGAGAUCACCGGAAAACAGCAGCAGCAACGAUCGAGAUCGCCGCUUGGAUUAGCUCAUAGGCCUAUUUCUGUUGGAAGUUAAUCUACUUUUAGUUAGCGCUAAAUCGAAGGUCGUGAUGAGAUGGUUAGGAUUCAUCCACCUUUAAUCAGAAGACUCGAGUCUCGAGAAGUUUUUCAUAGUAGUUUUUUUCUUCUUCUAUAGAUUUGUAUAUAUAUAGAGAUGCAGGUCCCCUGUUUCUUUGGAUUAUUUUACUCUGUUUUCAGAUUUUGCAGUAAUAGAUUGUGUUU